CAAGCUAUUGUUGCUGUCUUCACUUAUCUGCUAAUGUGCUACUUUUGCUUAAGACGUCUCACUGCGAAGAAUAUUUUAGGCUUUAGGUCAAGUCGUAUAUCGAUUUAAAAUAUUUGUAAGUAUAAAUGCACGAAAGAAAGGAUUUGCAUCACGCUAAAGGAAAAUAAAGAGGACGUUUAUGAAAUGGCGCCUAAAGGUAAGAUUGGAACCAAAGGCAAGAAACAAAUCCAUGAGGAAAAUGAGGCCACUCUGAAGUUCUACACCAGAGUCAUACUAGGAGCCAAUACUAUAUAUGCAGCUGUGAAUCUGCUUUUGUACGACACUUCGUUUUGGACAUGGCUCCUCCUGUUGUUUGCAUUGGUAGUCUACAUUGGCAGCUACAGGUCCAUGGCAGCCAUGGCUAAACCAGUAUUUGCUGGCGAUGGUAGUUUACUAGAUGGAGGAAUAGAUCUCAACAUGGAGCAGGGCAUGGCGGAGCACCUUAAAGAUGCCAUUUUGCUAACAGCUAUAGUUCAGGUCCUCAGCACCCUCUCUUCCUACUUUUGGUACCUCUGGCUGUUGGCUCCUGCACGGGCUUUGCAGUUAUUGUGGGUGAACUUCCUUGGUCCCUGGUUUUCCUCAGAGUCAUCUGCACCUCUAGAGGAGGCAAAUGAGAAGAAGCAGAGACGACAGGAGAGACGGCAGAUGAAGCGAUUCUAGCUGUUCUCCUUCUUUUCAUUUUUAUAUCUUGGGUAUCGAGAUAAACAGAAUGCAAAGUUUAAGUUAUUCUUAAGAGUCGUUUUUGUGUUAAAAUAAUACAGGCAUUGAUACCAUUUCUUUUUUACUUGUCCAGUGUCUCCUUGCCAUCUCAAUUUGCUCCCGUUGAUUUUCUUCCACCACCAGUCUAUUACUCAGGGUUCAACCCAUUAUUGUGGACUAUCAUUAAAAAAUUUUACGCACUUAAAAAGGACUCUUACAAGUCUUAAACACGCUCACAUGUUGGUUAGCUACUACACCCUACGCCUUCUGGCUGCUAGGUGGUAUUAUCUAGAAAGGAAACAGAAAAAAACGUAAUACCUAUAGUUAUGAGGUAUUCUGCAGUACUUUUAUUACCAAAUUAAUCUAUAUUCUGAGAAGAUGUGUGCUAAUGACAGAAUGGCUUAGUGUCCUUUUGCAAGUGAGGGAAUGGGUAUGAGGUAACAAUACUUCAUCUUCUGUGAUAAUAAAAUACCAUUCGUUUUGGCCA